CCAUACUCGGCAGUCCAUAGUUUUAGUUAGCUGAGUAAGUUUUAAGAAAAUUUAAAUGUACAAAUUUAAAAAUUUCGCCCCGGGCGAGACAAAAAAUUAUUCGUAAUUUUUUUUUUCGAUGAGCUAAAAUUAAGGAUAUUAUUUAAAAAGAGAAAAAAAAUAACUUAAAAUAUAAUAUAAAAUUAAAUAUAUAUAAUAGUUUAAAUUGAAACGGUAGGACUUCGGAAUGAGAGAGCAACCGUGCCGUCCCGAUAUGAGAAAUGGACUUCAGGAUCUUUGUUUUGGAGACUCUGCGGUCCAAGCGACUCCAGCAGUGCUUGAUGAGAAGGCGCUAGGCCAAGAUUCCUGUGAGCCUCAGCAGUAUUCAAGGGGUCGGUAUGGAAGACCUGGAAGGGGACUACCGGGGCCGGGUAAACCAUGGCCCUCAUGGAGCAGGGUUUUCCCUUGUGAUCCUUAUGCUCUGCCAUAUAGAAAUAUUUACUAUCCAGCUGGACCCUUUGGCCCUCGUAUCGAGCUCUGUCCGUAUGUCCCCCUCUCACUAGGUCCACGUUUCUGAGAUGGAUAAGAUAAUUCAAGUUCCUUGAUGGAGGCAAUCGAUAAAUGAAACGAAUGUAAACUAGAUCUUAUUGGAUUUGUUAAAUUUUUAAAAAUAUUUCAGAAUAAUUUUUAUGUUUUGGAUACUUUAUAUUAUAAAACUGUUUAAAGGAA